UAAUUUCAAAGUAUGGUAUGUCCUUUGGAAUAGCGUUUCUAACAAAACCUACUUUCUGCUAAAUUAUUGGGAUUGCUUGGAUUCUAAGCGAAGUCUCAUUAUUCGAUCACUGUACUUCACCAUGGAACACCACUUCACCCAACUCGACGACGGAGCCUCCGCCGACGUCAAACCGGCGUCUAAUUUCGGAGCGGCGGUUGCGACGGUGCUCCUAGCUUUGCUUUUACAAAUAUUUUGGCGUUGCUGUCGCUCAAUUUGCCGUAAUCAUGUCAAGAAAUACAAGUUUUCUUCUUCUUCCGCCGCCGCUAACAUGGACCGGUCGAUAAUCGCCGCCGUGGAGAAGAUCCUUAAAUACACGUUUAAAGACAAAAGACUCCUGAAAGAAGCCUUGACGCACUCUUCGUGCCGCGAAGACAUGUCGUACGAAAGACUGGAGUUCAUUGGGGACGCGGCGCUCGGCUUGGCUGUUGCUACCCAUUUCUUCUGUUGGGAACCGCGACUGGACCCUGACCAGCUUACGCUGCUCCGAAAAAAAAGUGUAAGCAACGAGAGACUGGCGCUUGUGGCGGCUAGGCAUGAGCUUGACCGGUUCGUCAGGAGCAAAGACACUGCUCCUCUUAACCGCAAAAUUUGGCAGGAAAAGACUUUUAGCUGGGCACACUUUUUCGCUCAAUCAGCAAAGCGCGUCUAACUGGACGCAUUUUCUUUCUCUAUCCACGAUUUGUUUAGAGUUUCUUUUAGCUUUUUAGGGUUAGAGUUUAGAGGUUUUUUAAAGAUUUUUGUUUAGGUUUUGUAAUGGUUUUUAAAAUUUAGGGUUUAAGAUUUAUGAAAUUAUUAUUUUAGGAUUUUUUUAAAUUUUUAAUAUUUUUAUAUAUUCUUUAGAAUUUUUUUUAUGAUAUUUAUAUUUGGUGGAAAAUAUAAAUUUUAGAAUUGUUUUCAGCAGAUGUGACAGUAAAGCGCAUCCAGUUGGAAGCGUUUCUUUGUCAAAUAUGUUGAGAUGCAUUUUCCUUCUCUCCCAAAAUCAAUCUAAUCUGAUAAAUUUUGAAAAACACACCUAAUCCGAUAAUUUUUCAAAAUUUUCAGCAUUUUGGGUUAUUCACUCCGGUAGAGCUAUAUAAUUUCAAUUAAUCAAAAUGUAAUACAUUAAGCCCAUGGUAUAUAUAUCUUAUUGGCUGAAGGUUAGGGAGUACGUAAAGGCAGUUAAACAAGGAGAUGAUCAUAAAAACUUGACAGUUCGAAGUCCAGAUAUUUUGG